GGCAAUUGCGCGAACCAGCAUGUAUGCCUUUAAGCAAAUUAAUUCAGAAGCUGAAUUUAAACGAUCAUUUGAAUUUUUAGCACGGCAUUGGUGGAUACAUAAUUUUCCAGUAACUAAAAUUUUAAAAAAUAAGUGUUUGGAAAAAAUUCCUGACGAUGUAAGUUAAAUGUUAAUUAAAAUUCUAUGGGUAUUUCAAAAUUUAUUUAUGAGCUGUGCUCAUACUGCUCUCCAGCAGUUAAAAAAAUAAAAACUUAAACCACAAUUAUGAAGUAAGCAGUUCUACGACUACCAUAUUCCAUAUCUUAAAGAAAUGAGUAAAAUAAAGCAAUGGAUAAUCUUAAAAAAGGAACGCAACAAAACAAAGGACGUGUCGGCAGUAAGCCUUCGUCAGAGAACAAACAACAGAAAAUACAGAAUUAAAUAGCGCUUUGUGGAGAAAAGUAGUAUAGGGCAGCAAAAGAAUUGUGAAUAUUACAAAUCCUUGCCAUUCAUUCAAUUCAUUGACUUGAGCAUUAUUGUAUAGGCCUACUAUUUAUUAGCACUUUCAAAUACUUCUGUCUGUUCAUUCUGUAAGUGUCAAGUACCAUUAUUCAUGAAACAAUAAAUUUGUAUGGUUUCUCAGUAAAUAAUUAUACAACACAUCUUAAAUGCUUACACAAAAACCUAAGAAUUAAUGUCAGUGAAAGUAUAUAAUUCAAAAUAAGUCUGCAGCUCUUAUUAGUCUUAUUGACAAAAAUUAUUUUAAAAAAAGAAGCAUCAUAAAGCAUUCUCAAUUAUUUUAUAAAAAUUAAAUAAAUUUAAAAAGAGAAACGACCUAUUUGAUGGUAUAUAAAAAGCCAAAAUACAUUAAUUUUUUUUGCAUUCGUUAUGUAUCUAAAAAUUCAAAAUCAUAAAUUGUAGUCAUUAAAAAACACUUUAUUUCAAUGUUUUUAAUGUAAUUUAAGUAUGUGCCCUCUUGAAUUACGUCACCUGCUUCCAAUAUCAUUUUGUCCACCGAGCGUGUUAUAAAUGGACUGGGUUAUUUUUUCUAUAAGAUCUAUAGUAGUUUAAGAUGCAGACCUCUAUUGCUGAUAUCAAGAGGGACUGUUUUUCACUGGUGCUGAACUGAAUGUAACAUUGAUAAAGCGUUCGACUUCUCCCGUUGUUUUUACUGCCCAAAAUGCUUCAUUCUGUGCUGUUUGUGAGCUGCCUCAAGUUUGCUUUUUUUUCCAAUGCAUCUGCCAACCACACCAUAAUACUUCAUAAAUUCACCUUUCGAGUGUAUAUUUCAUUGUUAUAUCUAAUAAUACUUAUUAUCUCAACAAAACACCCACUAAAUAUUUAUUCACUUAAUUUUGAAAACUUCCAUAUAAUUAAAAGAAAGCUAAUGCAUCAUCAAUAGUUCAGGUGAUUAAUAACUUAGCUGGUUUCUGGUAUAAAUAGGUCUUAAAUUUCAAUUUUUUAAGGUGGGCGCUUUAAGGUUCCAGUUGCACCAUGGUUAAUCUGGCACUGAUAAGAAGUGACAGCAGGUUGAUGGAGGAGUAAAUAGUAAGAAGCAAAAGUACUUUGAGACACCACAAGUUAAAUACUGUUAGUAUAAAGAAAAGAGGGCCUACAAUUAACAGUAACAGUCUCCAAUUAAUGUCCCCCUCCCCGGGCAAUAUGGCAAUAUUCUACUUAAACCUUAAUUAAACUAGCACAUACUCACAUACACUAAUUUUAUUACUAGGUUUAUACUAAUUCUAAAUAACUCUCUCAUAACCAGUGGCUACUGUAUCUACAAAAUAUUAGUAUAGCAGAACUGAAUACCCUUCCACUGUGUAAUACUCGAGAGUUUUUAAAGGUAAAAAAAUUGUUUUUAGUUUUUGUGCUUUAAAAUUUCGUAUCUGGUUGUUGUUCUCACAAUUGUUGUUCCCAAGGCUUAGUGCAUUAUUAGCUCCCUCAAAAUUUAUUCAAUUUUUAAUUCCUAGAGCCUCUUCCAAAAUUAAAUGCGUUUUUUUCAACACUAGAUAGUAUAAGAAAAAUCAAAUGCAGUAAUUUAUUGAAGUAUGCCUGACAAAUUAAAAGAUUUUUCCCCUUAAAAUCAGCCAUCAUAUCUAUUAAACCUCACUCCUUUAGUGACAGUGUUGAAUGAUUUUAAUUACAGUUUUGUACUUAAUAAUAAGCUUAAAAUUAAAAGACUUUUUCUUGUAACAGAAUCCAUCCUGGCCUCCAAGUCUGCAGGAGUUUUUCUCAGAAGCAUCACUGUCUUUAAAUCAUGCUCAGUACCAGGAGGGUAAGGCUAUUGAUAUUGAUUGCAGUAUGGCCAGGGGGAUGAGCGUGAAAAAACUUCAUGAAGUCUCAAGAAUGGCCCCUCUAGUUGAUGACAUAGUUCGUCAAGGGAACUGUAACCUAAUACUUGAUAUAGGAUCAGGACUGGUUGGUCUUUUUCAUCAAAUAUACAAAAUGUGACUUAGUUUCUUCUCAAACUGUUAUUGAGUCCUACUGGCAGUAGUAAAUGCUUUUUACAUAUAUUUGCAUUUGACAUGUUUCUUUUAUGAUAUUCACGUCACAUGGCUAUUUUAACAUUACUUUAUGUUUAUGAUGUUGAGACACUAAAACUAAAUGUAAGUAAGGCUUGGCUUAAAGAAUAGCUUUUCAUCCCCAGGGCUAUCUAGCUCAUGUCUUACACAAGGUGUAUGGUCACAGAGUUGUUGGUCUUGAAACUUCAGAAAGUCAUCUGACAUCUGCUGAACAUAGGGCAGUUAACCAAGGUAAAGCACAGUUGUACCCCUGCUUGGGCAUCUUAUUUUAUUUAGAUUGUCAUUCAUUGAAAUAAAUUUAAGUUUGGAUGAAUGCCACUACCUACACUUCCUUUUUUCUCAACAAGCAAAUUAAGUUCAGAAAAGCAUACCCUAGUUCUUAUUAAGUUUCAUUUCAGUUUUUCACCUUGAUCACAAUUUCUUUUGUUGUUAUAGAAAACACAAACUGCUCAUUUAAAUUUGCUUCCAAACAUGCAAUUCUUUCCAGGAAUAACAUGUAGUGGCUUUAAAAGCGUGAAAUUCAACUUGACACAAGACGCAGAUUGCAUGGAGAGAUUAGAGAAACCCAUUAAAUUUUCUUCCAAACAUGCAAUUCUUUCCAGGAAUAACAUGUAGUGGCUUUAAAAGCGUGAAAUUCAACUUGACACAAGACGCAGAUUGCAUGGAGAGAUUAGAGAAACUCAUUGAAGAAUUAGCCACAUCGUUACAAGUUUCUUGUUCCCAUGUUACCCAAGGUACUGGCAAUUGUUAUGAAAUAUUACACACACUAUUGUUCAGCUGCUUGUAACAUUUAAGAGAUUGACAACCUUGUCUGUAAAUGUAGCUAAAUAAUUCCAGUUUAAAUUUAUUAUCUUUUGACUCAUUUUUUAAUGAAACAUUCAUGAACUAUAUUUAGACAAAUAAGUAUAUAUUUCAUUAAUUUUUUUUUUUUUUUAAAACAUGCUUCCAUUCAUAAAUCAGUAAACAAAAAAUUUUAUAUUUUCAUUCCAGGUUUAAUGAUUUGAAAUUAAAUAAAUUCAGAAGCAAAAUUUAAAAUACAUGGAACUUUAUAUUAACCUGAAAUAGCACGUUAUAAAAGAUAAACCUCACUUAAUGUCAGUCAUAUUUUCUGUUUAAAUAUUUAAUUUUUUUAAAGGCAACUAUAUUCAAUAUUCUCAUAAUCUUUUUUGACCCAUUUUUUUAAAACGAAGCAGAAAGCAAAGGACAGCUGCCAGGAGCUGAGUUGACAGAUAGUAAACUUGAGCCAAGGGUCUGCCUGAUUGGCCUGCACUGUUGUGGGGACUUGUCCAGUGCUGUGCUUUCCAUGUUUAAUGCUGUCAGCUGUGUUAGGGCUCUCUGCUGUGUCUGUUGUUGCUACCACAAAAUGGCCUACUCAGAGGGUAAUUCUGUUUCCAUCUAAUUGGGUGAAUCUAUUCUUAGCUCAAGAAAAUGUUUGUUUCAUAGGUAGACUGAUCAAUAAGUAAAAUAAUGCAAUCCAUGCAUUACUUUCAUUGAAACAAAAUAUUAACACCUGCUAAGAGAAUUUAUUUUCCUUUUUUAAAAUUGUUACUUUAUCAUUCGUUAUCAUAAUACUUUUAAAAGCUGAUUUAAAAAAAAAGAAAAUGGUAAUAAUAGAAAAAUGGAAAUGAGCUAAGCAAACUUUGGGUAAACCUGAAAAAAAAGAGCAUAAUGAAGCAACAAGCCUAUCGGCAACAAACCUUCUUUAGCAAACAAAUAAACAACAGUGAAAUCAGAAUUAAAUAAAUAAAAUAUAAAAAUUAUAUAUAUCUUUUUAGCUCAUCUUUACAUAUCAUUUCCUGAAAUAUAGAAAUCCCAUACAAAUAAAUAGUUGAGGUCAUUAAUCUAUUGAUUCAGGAUGCUUUCUAAAUUUCCCCAUGAGUCAAAUGGCCAAAAUUCAAUACAUUGAAGUUAAACAUAUUCAUCCAAACUGGCAUGUGUCCCCAUAUACACUAAGAAUUGGGGCCCAGCAGACAAGGUCAGUAACAUAUAUUUGUACACAUUAGGAAAAUCUUAUCUUGUCUACUUGUGCAAUUGUCAACACAAUUAUAAUAAACUGUGUCCGGAAUUUAGUGUUCUAUUUAAGAACAAAUACAAAGUUAUAGAGUCAUAGAGUGUUCCUGUGUUCAUGGCAACCUAUAAAACUUCAUAGAAUCUUUGUUCCUGUUUCAUGGCUACCACUUAUAAAGUUAAUUCUAUCUUCUUCUAGAGGAAGCUGGGAGAAUCAAAACAGAGCAGAUCAUGAAACUCAUACCAGACAUGUUGCAUUCAGGGCUCUACUAGAAAUGUUAGGUAAGACAUCUUUAUACCAAACAUUAGAAAUGUUGGGUAAGACAUCUUUAUACCAGACAAGUUGCAUUCAGGGCUCUACUAGAAAUGUUAGAUAAGACAUCUUUAUAGCAGACAUGUUGCAUUCAUAGCUCUACUAGAAAUGUUGGGUAAGACAUCUUUAAGAAGUCAAAAAAGUUUUUAAACGCAGAGCAUAAGAGAAAUAAAAAUGCAAACAAGUUUUUAAAUAUUAUUUUGUCUUUGGCAGAAUAUGAAGAUUCAAAGGAUUUAAGACAACGUGUCAGGAAAAGUGACUUUUCUUCAUUCACAGCAUUUCUAGAUACCUGCUUCCCUUUACAAGAAUCAGGUGGCUAGUUAAACAUUAUAGCUAAAUAAUAUCAAAAUAUCUAAUAAGUUCUUUUAUUUUUCUAUUGUAGUUAGUGCAACUAAUAAACUGCCUAAGUAACUUCACACACUUGUAAAUGAAGAUAAAACUACCAAGGUUGAUUGUCAAUAGCUGCUUUCAAGAACAGCAAUGAAGAGCAUUCUUAGUUAAAAAUACUAAUUGCCUUUUUUCAAAAAAAAUUUUAAGAGUGCUUCCUUCAUAAUCUGCAGUAAUCAUUUCAAUAUUUUUGCUUUUCAGUGAAAAAUGCAACUUACAGAGCAAAACUUAUAGACCUUCAUAAAGAGCAUGAGAAAUUAUUUGAUCUUAUUGAAGUAUUUACAGUAAGCACAAAUUAAUAACAAUUUUAAAUACACACUUACACAGGCUGUACAAAUACUUGUAACAAUUCUGAUUAAAAUCUAAUAAUAAUAUACUGGGUAUUUGUGAUUAUUGAGGGGUAUUGACUAAAUUAGGUUGAGUGUUGAAUAAAUUCAUGAAGCCAAAGCUCAUUGAUUUUCUUGCCAAACUAUAAAUCAUAUAAUGUUUCUGCAAUGUAACACAAGUGGAGCAUGUGUCCUGAAUAAAAAACAGUCUAAUGCACUACUGUGACCUCUAAGUGAUCAUGGUUACAUCUUUCAUGUUAUCGCCCAUAUCGAUAAUUUGACAAAAUAUCUGCCAAGAAAUAUUCCCAAUGAACAGUAAUAAUAACCAAAUUCUCAAUAAGGAACAGAAGUUGCUGUAAAAUUGAAGUACAUAUGCGGAUAUGUUAAUGUAAAUGGCCAUCUGCAUAAAGCAUCACCUUUCAUACCAAUCCUAUUAUGAUAUGUACAUACUGUCAUAGACCAGUUAGAUAUUUAAACAUAAAUUGGAGAAUUUUAAUGGAGUUUAAAGUUAGUUGAAGCUGCUGUGGAUUUUUGCUGCAAUAUAAAAUCAUAAUUGAUCAAUAAAAUUUGUGUUGGUAAUGAUUUUAAAAAAAUUAUUUAAAAAAUUAAAUAAAAAUAAUAAUAAUUAAAUAAAUACAGCACCCUUCCGUCUUCUUUAAAUGGGUUAUGGGGCAGAUCUUGCAAUUUUGAUCUUCGCUGCACUUCUCCCAGGAGAACCUUGGCUUCUGGUUUCUCUGAAACUUUUCUUUCACAAAGGCUUUGUUUUGGAACUCUUCUGUUUGUCUGACUCUUUCAUACACUGCUGUUUGCCAACUGGAACAGUGCUCAGCAAUGAUCUCCCAUUUUUUAAUUUCUAUGUUGGCUUCCCCCAUGUUCCUUUACCAAAUGUCCUUAAAUCAGAAGCCAAUUAAAAAUAUAAAUUAUGAGUUUCAUCAUUAAUUUUUUAUACAUUUUUGACAAGGAGCAGAAAAAAAAUCUUAAUGUUAUAGAUGUAUGACACAAAAACGUUGUGAGUAAAACUUGUGCUUAUUCUACUUGAGUUAUUAGGGUAAUGGAUUUUUUUGCUGGCAUCGGUCCGUCACAAUGUGACGAUGGUGUGGGCUUCCCAGGACGAAAUGGGUAAUGGAUAUCCCCUAUGAUUCUUAUACACAUUUUUUUUACAAUCUAUGUCACUUGAACUCCUGCAUAUACUGGAUAAUUAGUUCAAACUCACAGAUGGCCUUCCUAAAUAUGUACAAUUCUUUUACAACUUAUGAUAUAACCUUCAUGUAUAAGUUUAUUUCAUACAUCUCAGAUCAUCUUGACAUGUAAUAAAGAACAUUUUUAUUUAGGAAUAAAAGAUGUCAAGUUUUCCUAUUUUUACAGUGCUUCCAGGUCAUUCUACAGCCCCUGAUAGAGACCAUGGUUUACAGGGACAGGGUACAGUGGCUAUUGGAGAAAGGUCACUCAGAUGUUCAAGUGGUUUCUGUAUUUGAUGACAAAAUUUCUCCAAGAAACCUGGCAAUAGUGGCUAAUAAAAGAUGAAGAGGAAAA